AUGAAUUACACAGAAAACGAUAUUUAUGACUUCAAAUUCACUGAACAAGAUUCACUAUUGUUGAAACGAAUGGCAGAACCAUUAGUCUUAUCUUCAUUUUUUCUUAUUUCAUCACUCUAUCAAUACGUCUUCAGGUUCAAUGUGAAAAAUCUCAUAUUUUUCGGGAUUGCUCUCCGAUUUCUAGCUUUUCAGUUGAAUCACUACGAAUUCGAACACAAAGGUACUACACUUUUACCCAUAAGAUUUACAAUACUAAUAAUAACAAUUCCAGAAAUCCUGGAAAACGUGAUCAAACUAUUUUACAUAAUCGCAAGAUCGAUUCAUGUUUCAACACCAUUGCUCAUUCUAGUCCCUAUCGCAUUAUCAAUGUGUUUUGAAGAUCCAAAAGCGACUAGAAUAUUCUUUCGAACACAAAAACUCAUUCAUCUAACUUAUAUGAUUUAUCAGAUUGCGAUUUAUUUUACGAGCAAUGAUUUUGUGGAAACUAUAUGCGGCUUUGAAUUGUUGUUUUUUCAAGCAAUCAUCAGCUAUCAGGUAUUAGGUUUGUCAGUAAAGCUUCCCUAAAUGAAAUACUUUCAGCUUUGUAACGUGGCAUACUGGGAUGUUCGUGAAUUUCUGCAUUUGAAUAAAUUUUCCGAGAUUCCAAAUCACCGCAAUCUUGUCAGACACAUUCAUCCACUUCUUUAUCGUCUGAAAUUCCUCCAAACAUACGUGUUGCUCAAAGCAUUAUCCCUGCUUUUCGCAAUUAUUCUACUGCUCAUUUUGAGAUACCUUGUCAAAGAAACUUCGGAUUUGCAACUGAUUAUGGACAUUUCGUCAUAUUUUGAGGCAUUUGUGGCAUUUAUUCAUGUUAUUUGGAAAUUCUAUUUUCCAACACAAACAAUAAUUGGGGAUUACUAA